UGUCGGUUACGGUUACAGUCAGAAUAGCUGACGGCUAUCGUAUAACUGGAGGUCGAUAAACGUUUUGACAGGCAGUGGCUGACGGCUAUCUCCGUAGCUGCCAGCUAUCCUAAAUAGCCGGAGAUUGAAAAAUCGGACCUUAGUGGUGGUUUAUAAAUACGGACCCAUGGAGGAAGUACGGACCUAUGGUAGAGAAAAUAUACAAAUAACACAAACAAGAAGAAUUAAUGAUGUUUUAUAAACGUCACAUGUCACAUAUGUCAACAUAUAAGAUUAUUUAUUUAGAACAAUAUUUAUUUUGAUUAUAUUUUACCAAAUAUUAAUGAAUCGUGUUGAGAAAAAUGCAAAAUAUUAAUUAAGGAGAUACUCAACUUAAGAUGAAUAAUACCGUAAACGUCGCAGACUGCUGUAGGGCUUGUUUAAGGAUAGAUUGUACCCUUACAUCAACAGACAUUCAAGAUUCUGAUUCUAUAAAGUUGUUUGAUAAACUUUUAGCAUGCGUUUCAGAAGUAUCUUGGUUGAAGGAAGGACUUCCUUCUCUCAUAUGCUCUAUUUGCAUAGAUCGUUUACGGGUUGCUUAUGAUUUUCGUAUGGUCUGUCUACAGUCAGAUCAAACUUUAAACAGAUAUAUAAGCAUACAAGAAGAAACCAAACAAGAAAUAUGUCUGGAAGCUAGACCAUUAACAACCCCUACAAAAUUCGAAUUUUCAAUCCCAGCUACUGCUGUUCAGAACUUGAAUAUAAUCAGUGAAGAUCAACAGAAUACUGAAUAUAUUCAUUUAAAACAUUUUUUAGAUAAUGAUGAAGAACUUGCAAAACAAAGUGAAUUAUUGGAAGGGAAUGACGAUGAAGGUGAAGAGGAAAAUUGUAGUUCAGAAGAGGCAAACAUUAGUUUCAUCAAUGAAAGUCACCUUGGUAAACAGCAUAUUAUAGUUCAAGAAGAAAAUGCUACUGUAGAACAAGAAAUACCAUCUAUAUUAGAACAAUCACCAGAAGACAAACAAGAUGAACAUCAUCCACAGCCAGUUAUACAAUUCAAACAAAAUCAAAACUAUAAACUGACACAGGAACCAGAAGUUCAACAAUCAGAGCAAAACGGAGAGCAACAACAGGAUGCAUCACCUUCCCAACAAACAAAUGUUGAAAUUCAAACUACUUAUACCAUUCAACAGCCUAAAUAUGAGCCUACAAACUACGUUAGUGUACCAUUUAAACAAGUCGUCAUCAAAAGAACAACAGGGGUUCAGGUGCGACCAGAAGAAAAAACUGCUAAAGGGUUUACUUGUAUAGAAUGUGGGAAAUCAUAUAAGAAAAAAUCAAAUUUGAGGAUUCAUAUUAGAACUCAUACAGGGGAAAAACCGUUUGAAUGUAAAUAUUGCGAAAAAAGAUUUUAUCAUUCUUCUCAUCUUAGAGAGCACAUUCGCCGACACACCGGCGAAAAACCCUUUCAAUGCGCCAUCUGCAAUAAACGUUUUACAAUCAAGGGUGAGUUGACGAUGCAUAUGAAAUCGCACACUGGAGAGAAACCUUAUGCAUGCACUUGCUGUGAUAGGCGAUGUCUCACUUCUGCUGAUUUAAAGGUCCAUAUGCGGACGCAUACAGGCGAAAAACCUUACGAAUGUACAGUGUGUGGCAAAAAAUUUGCUAGUACUUAUAUCUUGAAUUCUCAUAUCAAAACCCACACAGGCGAACGGCCGUAUUCCUGCAGCAUCUGCAAUAAAACUUUCACGCAAUCGUCUCAUUUGAAUGUGCAUCUCAGGAAACAUACUGGGGAAAAGUUCACUUGUAAGGUGUGCGACGCCAAAUUCACUCAUUCCUCUCAACUGACUGUUCAUAUGCGCGAACACACCGGUAGACAACCGUACAAAUGUACAAUGUGCGAUAAAGUUUGCAAUUACGCAUCUGAACUUCAAUCGCACAUGAUGAAACAUACCGGCGAGAAGUUUACUUGUUCCACGUGCGACAAAAAGUUUACGUCCAUGGCGUAUUUGGCCGAACACACUCGAACGCACACUGGAGAGAACUUAUCAACAUGUCAUCUGUGCGAAAGACAAUUCACCAGAUCUCAAUACUUGGAGAAACACAUGCGCACGCACACCGGUGAAAAACCUUACGUUUGUUUCGUUUGCGGGAAAAAAUUCACACAGUCGUCGAGUUUAAAGGUCCAUUUACGCAUACAUACCGGUGAAAAACCAUAUUCUUGUGAUUUGUGCGGUAAAAAGUUCACCACGUCCUCGGAUUUGUCCGUGCACAACAAGAAACACAAGAAGGAAUAUAUCGAUUUGUAGGUUUAAGAGGGAUGGCUAAAUACCCAAAGGGCGGAGGCCAUAAACCGAAAAUAAUAAGAAUGUUAAGAGCGAUUAGGCUUGUAUUAUACUGUGAUAUUGACGUUUUUAAGUAGUAAUAUCAAGAUUGAGGACUAAUAUUUACGGCUGAAGAGAAAUAAUGCCAAGUUAGAGCAGGCUUCUACAGCAUUUUGUCUUCACUCAAUGUGUAAUUUUAUUAGUAAUUAAAUUAUUACUAGGGACAUGUGGCUUCAAAGCCUAUAAUUAUUUUGUCUUCCGUUUGUCAUUUGUCGCUUGUCAAAUUACCAAUGACAGUUGUCACUAUAAUCUGCUCUCUGUUUUUGACGUAUGCUUUUUUUUUCAUUAAAUGAGCAAUUAAUUUAUUUUCUAUUUACCUCAAUAACUUAAAAAAUGCAAUAAAAUUAAUACAGAAAAUAAAAAUAAGAUUUGUGAAACUUUGUAUUGGAAAAUAUCACAUACUUUGAUUACUAUACGGGGCAAGAGAGAGGUCCGACACGCCCAACAUAGGGCGCGGCCAUUUUGAACCCUAUGACACAGUUUAUAGCUAAAGAAUCAGAUCGCUCACUCUGCGUCGGCACUUUUUAUCUCAAUGUUCCAGUUUAUACACUGCGCAACUCAGAUAAUACAAUAUAUGACAACCGCCUAUAAUAAAACAGCAGUCUUCUGCGUAUCCUGAAUUUGUAUCCCUGGAGUGAAUGUUAUUUUGGAACUUUCAACUGGUCCGAGUGAGCUAACUGAUUCUUUAGCAAUAAACUAUGACUCCAAAAAUAAUAUUCACUGACACUGACAGCAACAAGCAAAAUAUCAGAUGCGUUUUAAUCAUCCGCUUCUGCUUCCGGAAUUGUCGGUUCAGUCGUUUUAACCUGUCAGAUUAAAAC